AUGAACGAUUAUUUGGAGCGAAAUCUUUGGAAUAGCUGGCAAGAAGCUUAUCAAAAACCGUUUUUACCAAUAAGAAACACUAGAGAUGAGUUGAUCGACAAGUUAACGAAACGGAAUCUAAAGCUUUCACUUGUUAUCUUGAUCUUGACAGCCUAUGCAAUUGGCUCGACUCUGUACAAUGCGUUUUUGAUCAUUUAUACUGUUGAUUUGGCAAAUCAAAAGCCAAGUGUUUCGAGAACUAUUGUAUACAAGAAUACGAAUGGCAGAGAGUUGGAAAUAGAUGUGUUGGAUGAUCGAUGUGGAGAAGGAUGGGAAUACUUUUUGGUUGAUGGUGCUAGAGGAUAUUGUUAUGCUGCUUUCUACAUUGAAAAAAUAGCUCAAGGAGAGGCUUGGGAGUUCUGUAAUGCUCGCCAAUCACAGCUUGUCUCCAUCAAAUCGCAGCCGGAAGACGAAUUUGUGUACAAAGUGGCAUUCAAAAUACCGAAAAUCACAAAGAUCUGGCUGGGACUUACCUAUUUUCCAAUUCAACGCAAACGAAUGUGGUCUGAUUGGUCGUAUGAAACGUAUUAUCAAAAUGCUAUCUACGAUUUGGAUAAUCCGUCUCGAGUCUCCGCUUUUGUUUGGGAUCCUGAUAGACCUUUCACGGCUAAAUGCAUUCGUUGCCCCGGACCAGUCGAAGCCUUCAAAGGAAUAUGGUACUUUUUGAGGAACACAGCUUGGUAUAAUCCAGAUGAACGAGUUGAUGGAGUGGUUUGUAAGAAAAGCCCUCCUCGAUCUCAAACUUUCCUCGUCUCAACAACAAACGACACUUGCGAUGCUGGCUGGAUUUUGUUGAAAGAGACAAAUUCUUGCUACUAUUAUCAAAAUUUCACCGAUCCACUCAUUGUAAAUUCGAAAAUGUUUUCAUGGGAAGAAGCCGAAGAGAACUGUUUGAGAAUGGACUCUCAUUUAGUAUCCAUUCAUUCAAAUUUUGAACGAGAGUUUAUUAAAGAUCUAAUCCUCACAAAUCUCAAAUCACUCCUUCAUCUUCAAUUCUGGCAAAUGGGAUGUUCAACAAAUCACGCGACUUGGAUUGGUUUACAUAAAGAGAAUGGCACAAGGGAAUACAGUGAUGAAACAGCUGAUGACUAUUUUCCCACUCAUAUAGCCGUUCUGAUGACUGAACGACCACAUGCGAUGUGCAACGAUAUAGCAAGCACUUAUGCUGAUGGCCUUGUUUGGGAACCACCAAAAUCGAACUGGACUCUCACUGGAUUGAAAAAUAGCCGAUACAUUUGCAAAAAGGCAAUAAAUUUU